UUCCCUCUCUCUUUCUCAGUGGAGCAAUUUCUCGUCUUGAUAAGACUGAAUUUGCACAGGCUUUCUGCAUUACAGAAACUAUACAGGGGAAUAUAACAAUGUGUUGAAGAUGUUUGGAAAUGGCUGUACAGCGUCCUGCGCUUUUACUUUUGCUGCUUCGUUUCGGUUCGGGAUAAGCUCCGUCAUGGAUUUUGAAAAGUGCGAUUCGAUUUCGAGUACAGCGAGAAUGUCCGUUUAGUAGCCUGCGCUUGUGUUCUUUUCAGGAACAAAUCGCAGAUGAUUUCAGGAGUCUUGGUCUAAAUGGGUCCAGUCAUGCCUCCCAGUAAGAAGCCGGAGAACUCCGGGAUCAGUGUUUCCAGUGGAUUAAGACCAUGUUAUCCAGGUAGCUCUCUAACUAAGACUCUUGAGGAAGUAGAGGAGCUGGACCUAACACUGCCUACUGUCAAAUCAGAAAAGGGGGCCAUGGAGGAUGAAGAGUUAACAAACUUGAACUGGCUGCAUGAGAGCAAAAAUUUGCUCAAUAGUUUUGGGGACCCAGUCUUGCGUAGUGUUAGCCCUGUUCAGGAUAUUGAUGAUGAUACUCCACCCUCCCCUGCUCAUUCUGAUCUGCCCUAUGAUGCUAAGCAAAACCCAAACUGCAAACCACCAUAUUCUUUCAGCUGCCUAAUCUUUAUGGCAAUUGAGGAUUCUCCUUCCAAGAGACUGCCAGUAAAGGAUAUAUAUAAUUGGAUCCUGGAACAUUUUCCCUACUUUGCUAAUGCUCCGACAGGGUGGAAAAAUUCUGUGAGGCAUAAUUUGUCAUUAAACAAAUGUUUUAAAAAGGUGGACAAAGACAGAAGUCAGAGUAUUGGAAAAGGAUCUUUAUGGUGCAUAGAUCCAGAGUACAGACAAAAUCUUAUUCAGGCUUUGAAAAAGACACCUUAUCACCCAUACUCCCAGGUGUUUAAUACACCUCCCACAUCACCUCAGGCAUAUCAGAGCUUGUCAAGUCCCCCAAUUUGGCCAGGCAGUCCAUUCUUUGGAAAAAAUGGAGUUCUUCUACAAGAUCCUGACAUUGAUGCUGCCACUACCAUGAUGCUUUUGAAUACUCCAGAUCUACCAGCUACUUUCCCUCAGGGAGUAAUUCAGAAUGGAACUCGCAUGCUAAGUCGAGGGAUAUUUGCCGACAUCAGACCACUGCCAAUCAACCCUAUUGGAAGCCGAGCAGCUGCAGUAAGGAAUGUAUUUUCAAGUAUACGCAUGAGAAGUGAUAGUGAGCCUUCCUGUGGUUCUCCAGUUGUAAGCAGCGACCCCAAGGAGGAUCACAAUUACAUCAGCGCCAAAUCUUCUAAUUGUAGAAGUACCUCUCCCACCAGCAACUCAACUUCUUCCUCUGCAGACGACCAUUAUGAAUUUGUUGGAAAAGGAAGUCGUGAAGGGAGUGAAAUUAGUGAGGUUAGUUUCCAAAGCAAUGAAAGUCACAGUGAAACUGAAGAAGAGGACAAAAAACAGAUUAAAAAAGAGGCAAGGGAUUCUUUAGCUGAUAGUGUCUGUUUGACCCAGCAUAAGAAAAGGCAACAUUUGACAAAAGCAAAGCAGAAGAUUUCCAGUGAUACACUGCCUUUGAAAAAGAGGCGUACAGAAAAACCACCAGAGAGCGAUGAUGAGGAAAUGAAAGAAGCAGCCGGCUCCCUCCUACACUUGGCAGGAAUCAGGGCCUGUUUAAACAAUAUCACCAAUCGGACGGCAAAGGGGCAAAAAGAGCAGAAGGACUCUAUAAAAAAUUAGGACUGUAACUUCGGUUUUAAAGGAAUUUACAAUUUAUUUUUCAGGACAUCAGGUGAAUUAUAAUGAUUUGUGGCAAUAUCAACAAUCACUUUGUUUUCCUAUCCUUUAGAUUAUUAUUUUGUUUGAUUUUUUUUUUCUUUUAUUUCUUUUUUUAAAGGAGAUUAAAGCCAUAGCAGAACAUUUACUGAUGCUCAGCUAAUUUAGAAACAGAUUAUACUGUCUGAAGAAGUUUAAAAACAAAAUGAUGAAUCUGCCAAACUUGCUGCACAUUUCUCUGAUUGGCCCAGCUGCUAUUGAAGCUCAAAAUGAGCACAACAAUUUUGUCUUAUUAAUUGGUUAAAUGACAGCAAAAGAAUCCUUGUAGCAAUUCAAAAUUUAGAAUGCAGCCAAGAGUAAUGGGUUAGGAACACAGGCUAAGGGAAGCUGAAGCUGCAUCAGAUUUUGUCGGAAGGAAACUGUGAUACAUGACGUGUUGUGUUGUAGAUUUUUGUUUUCCAGUGCUUACUGAGGUUGGCAGCACUACAUCCAGUGCCAGUUUGUGGCACCUGGACAUAAUAGUGCCAAAGUCUGCUCCCAGGUUAGCCAACAGUGACAACUGCACUUAAUUUUACUACUGAGUUGUCUCUGUGUUUGGGGUCAUAAAGACUAGUGAUCUAGAAAUAAUGACCAAACUUGUGUGCCAUGACAAAACACAGUUGAAAGACGGUUGUUUGACAUUUUCUACCACAGAAUUAAAGUCUUCUAUAAAUAUAUAUAAGAAAAAAAAUAAUAAUUUAAAAAGCCAUAAGCCUGAUCUUUUUUGAGCAGCG